GGAGGUGGCGCGGCAGAAGCAUGUGAUAAACGCCCAUGUGUAGUAAGCGCCCAAAUAUCUCCUUAGCAUCAUCUCAUCAGGUUCGGACCAGACCGUGCACCACUGCACUCACAACAUUUGCCAUCGUUGGGGAAGACACUGCAGGCUGUGUCUAUUUACCUGAUUAUAUCGGUUGGCAUUAUACCACCAUGUCUCUUCCACUCCUCGUCAACGGAGCGGAUUGCGGCCCUUCAAAUCCACUCCAAGGAUUAUCGAAACGAUUCGAUCAGGACCGAGGAAUCCAACAGGAUUAUUUUGGUCCUAGUCGUGCAGGAUCCUCGCGAGAGACAUUCCGUUCACAAUAUGCGGCUGCCCCUGGAGUUGACAGAGAUGCUGCUCAUUUCUUCUCGAAGGCUCAUUCGCCCGUGCCUGUUAUGGCAGGGCCGUCCUCUUAUGAUCUUUCUGCGUUACACAAGUCCCUGCCUGAGCAGGCACAUACCCUUCAGCAGCCGAUGACUAUCAUGUCUCAACCAACUGCAGCUCCGAGUCCUUGGGCAAAUGACUUUAUGCAGAAACACAAUCCUGUUGCGUCUGCGCCCCAGCCGCUUCUAUCCUCCCCACUGCAACAAAAUCAACAAGGUACAACACCAUGGGCGCCCAUUCCAGGUGCAAUGGUCACUCGUUUCAAUGGAAUGAUGUACCAGCAUGCUGGCGGCGUGCUUCAUCCAGCUAGCCAGGUCUUACCUUUCAGCGCCGAAGAAUCACGCUGGAAGGUUGCGUUUCAAUCCCAAGAUGCUACCGUCGCACCCGAUGUCUCUCUUCUAAACGCUGAACGGACCGCACAGGAUGUUGAAAACGUGCGGGAACUGUCGUCCAGACCUCUCGAAGAAGCCGAUGAAUUUGCUCGCACGGCAGGUGUGCUCUUGGAUACUGUGAAGAAUACCCAGAACCCCAAAUUCAGGAGUAGCCAGUUUCUCACUCUUAUGAAACAAGUCCGAGACAAGGAAGUCGUCAUUGAAGGGAGUGACAUUGUUCAGAGGAGCGCGGAUUCCGCCACGAAUGCUACUUCGUCAUGGGCUACUGACUUCCAGAGCUCUGCGGACUUGAAGGGCAAGGGCAGAGCUCUCGACGUCCCACAGAAUCUGACACACAUUUCUUCUAAUCUUGCAAGCGAUGCCUCCCGUUGGCAAGCCCCUUUGGUCAAUUCCGAUCUUGCCCAAGCGGCCGAUUCGAUCUCGGAAGAUCCUGUGGAUGCAUAUUUCCGCCAGGAAAAUGAAGACUACAUCAAGUAUUGGAACGAAGCACAACCACAUCUUACUGACAGUGUCCAGGGGUCCAGUGGCACGAGCCAAGGGACCACACAGGCAGCCGAGUGGGAGAGAUUGCAAGCCGACUGGGAUGCGUUCGACGCGACUGCGACCGGCCUCAAGCCCAUCUCGAAUUAUCAGUUCCAGCCGAACAAUCCAUAUCUGUUGGAUGAUUCUUCUACAACACGACAUCAUGCCAUACACUCCGAGGGAAGGUCGUCAUUGUAUGAGAGCGUUUUGGAGAUGGAAGCAGCAGUACAGCGAAACCGCACCGAUGCACACGCUUGGUACGAACUGGGCGUUAGGCAACAAGAGAACGAACGAGAGCAGAAGGCAAUCCAUGCCCUCCGAAGAGCCCUGGAACUCGACCCAACUCAUUUAGCGUCCUGGCUCGCACUUGCUGUCUCACACACUAAUGAAGGCAGCCGUCAUGAGACGUACAAUGCCAUCCGUCAAUGGGUCGACCACAACGAGAAAUAUUGCCAGGCUGUGGGCGACUUCCGGGCUAGCAAUGUAGAGAGGGAAGAUAUGUCUCCAGCUGAAAAGGUCGAGAGCCUCGCUCAAUGUCUCAUGGCAAUGGCCCGGAGUGACAUGAGUGAAGAAAUCGAUCCAGAUAUCCAGAUUGCUCUCGCCGUGUUGCUAAACGCGAACGAGGAGUAUGACAAGUCCAGAGAUUGCUUUACGACUGCCCUAGCAGUCAGGCCCGACGAUUGGCUACUUUACAACCGCGUCGGGGCGACCUUGGCUAACAGUGGUCAUCCGGAGGAAGCUCUGCAGUAUUAUUAUCGCGCUCUGGAACUCAACCCAGCUUACAUUCGUGCGCGCUUUAACCUGGGGAUCUCCUGCAUCAACCUCAGAAGAUACGAAGAAGCCUCCCAGGCCAUCCUUGAUGCGCUUGUGCUGCAAGACAGCGACAGCGCAGUGGGUGGUGACGGCUCCUCGGAGGACAAACGAGGCGUGACUUCAUCGUCGCUUUGGGAUUCCUUGAAGACGUGCUGUCUCCAUUUACAAAGGAUUGACUUGGCGACAAUCUGCGACAAGCGUGAUCUGGAUGCGUUCCGACUGAACUUUCAUAUGUGAACGAAGGUGGUGAGGUUUUGUUAACUUGACGGACGAUUUUGUUUUGUUUUGGUUUUGCUUCAUGUUAUACUAAUUGUACUACCUGCAAUGCUAUAUAAUUAUACUCGAGUAAUUCACCAUACCCCACCCCCUACCCCCAGCUGAGUACCCUCCGUAUAGUCAAUCAUCAGCCAGGUUUAAGCAUUGCACAAUCAUAAGUUCACUUGGGACCCAAACUUGAAACACCCCUUUGAGACAGGAGAAUCAUCUUUCCACAUCGAAAGUGGCCCUACCACGUCGACGCCGAUAUGCUCCCACAAGAUCCUGAGCACGGCU